AUGGCAGAGAGCUGGUCUUUCUUGGAUACUUCUGAGGCUAACUUCAGGCCUCUGGUAGUAAUUGAGCUUGCAAAAGGCACCAAAGAGGAAACCAUAAAGUGGUUCACCAAGCGAAUUGUGGACAAAAAAGCAAAUGGAGGUGCACAACUGCUGGUAAAGCCAUUGGCCAUGGAAAAUGGAGAUGAAAAUAUUUAUCUGGUUGGAGCUUCCCACUUAAGGCUGUUGCUGGGAGCUGAAACUGUGGGUUUGGUGAAGGAAUGUAAUGAUAGUUCAAUGAGAACUUUUACAUACAGCAGUAGAAAAACUUUCAAAGAUUUUGCAGAUGACAAUCACAAUUUCCUUACAAUGGCAGAAUGUCAGUAUAUCAUCAAACAUGAACUCGAAAAUUUGAGAGCUAAGGAUGAAAAAAUGAUCCCUGGAUAUCCUCAGGCAAAACUUUACCCAGGAAAGUCAAUUGUGAGAAGAUUAUUGACCAGUGGUAUUCUAGUUCAGAUUUUCCCACUGCAUGAUAGAGAAGAGUUGAAAAAGCUCCGUCACAGCUGGUAUGGCCGAGUGAAAGUUGGCUAUCAACCUUUAGAUGAGAUACGAUGCUACUUUGGCGAAACCAUUGCUCUCUACUUUGGCUUCUUAGAGUACUUCACAUUUGCUUUGAUUCCAAUGGCUGUCAUUGGGAUUCCUUAUUAUGUGUUUGCAUGGGAAGACUAUGACAAAUAUGUGAUGUUUGCAACAUUCAAUCUGCUGUGGUCCACUGUGAUACUAGAGGUUUGGAAGCGGAUUUGCGCCAUCAUGACGUACCACUGGGGAACGCUGCUGAUGAAACGACAGUUUGAAGAACCAAGACCAGGCUUCCAUGGUGUCCUUGGUAUCAAUCCCAUAACUGGGAGGGAAGAACCAGUGUACUCAAGUAUUAAGAGACAACUACGGAUUUAUCUGGUGUCCUUACCAUUUGUGUGCCUUUGCCUCUACUUCUCACUAUAUGUAAUGAUGAUUUACUUUGAUUUGGAAAACUGGGCUCUGGAUUAUCAUGAAGAGAAUGAGUCUACCUUCAGUAGCCUGAUGCUGUUUGUACCCAGUAUCAUAUAUGCUGUUGUGAUUGAAAUUAUGAACCGCAUCUAUCGGUAUGCUGCGGAAUUCUUAACAUCGUGGGAAAAUCACAGGCUGGAAUCUUCAUAUCAGAAUCAUUUAAUUCUGAAGGUUUUAGUGUUCAACUUCUUAAAUUGUUUUGCAUCUCUCUUCUACAUUGCCUUUGUGCUAUUUGAUAUGAAGCUUUUGAGGCAGAGCUUGGCCACUUUGCUGAUAACUUCGCAGAUCCUCAAUCAGUUUGCAGAAUCCUUACUUCCUUACUGGCUCCAAAAGAGACAUAAGAAGAGGAUGAAGAAACGCAUGGGUUCUCUGAAAACAGAUACGGACCUGUCAUUCGUUGAACAAGUCAACUUGGAGAAGGAAAUGGGCACCUAUGUUGGUACUUUUGAUGAUUACCUGGAGUUGUUCUUACAGUUUGGUUACGUGAGUCUUUUCUCAUGUGUUUACCCACUGGCAGCUGUCUUUGCAGUGUUAAACAACAUCACGGAGAUAUAUUCUGAUGCCUUAAAGAUGUGUAGAGUUUACAAGCGUCCAUUUGCUGAACCCACAGCAAAUAUUGGUGUUUGGCAGUUGGCUUUUGAAACUAUGAGUGUAAUAUCUGUUGUUACUAAUUGCAUACUGAUUGGAAUGUCUCCACAAGUGACUGCCCUUUUCCCAGAUUCAAAAAUGGACCUUAUUCUGAUUGUGGCAUUGGUAGAGCACUUGCUACUAGCAAUAAAGUUUAUAAUGGCAUUUGUAAUUCCGGAUAAACCAAGAGAUAUCCAGAUUAAACUAGCCAAAUUGGAAUUUGAAUCUCUGGAGGCUCUCAAACAACAGGUUGUACUGGCAGACCUGGGGUAA